AGUCAAUGAAAACUUUCUCCAACAAUAAUUUUUUUGCGCAUGGUUUGCUUGUUUUUGGCGUCGUCACAAUGAUGUAAAGAAACCUUUAUCCUUCAUGUUGCCAAGAAUUCUGACCUGAUGGGAGACGCUGGCAGAUUUUUAGUCAAACGCUGGAACGACUUCUAGGUCGACAGACGACUGAGGGCAGGGCAGGGAAAGCACAGCAAUUUGCAGAGAAAGUAAGGUGAAGUGAACUGAGGUGAUAAGAAAGUCCUCUUGAUUGAGAGGAACAAGGUGUGGUAGAUAAGUGCCAGUUGGUGGGAGUGGUUUCGAAAAUUAGUGGUUUUUAGUUAGUUCAAGUUAUUAUGAUAAGAUAAAUCGAAUAAGUUCUGGAGGAUAAGCAAUUCACUUUUACUCAGCAGUCUCACUUUUCUCCUCUUUGACAUAAAAACUCAGGUGGUGUCCAUUCCAGAAAAGAGAUCUGGAAUAUUUUGAGGAAUGUCCAAGCCGUUUCCGUCAAAGAUUUUCUGUAUGCCUACUUUAACACUAACAUCGCUUGCCCUUCUCUCCCUCGUCGUGCUGUCCUGGGGACACUCUAUGGAACGUGAGACGGAGUUGCAGAAAAUUUUCCAGUUAAGGAACGAAGAUGAAUGGAAAACAGCCUGGCACUCGGAGAAACAUUCACGUUGCCGAGAUCAACUCUUGAUUCAUAUGGAUUGGGCCUGUCAAAAAGAUAUUUAUCGUUUGGACAAAAAGUUCGAGGCCCCGGAAGGAAUUUUCAUCGGGAAACCUGUGGCCAACACGGUCAUCAAGGCGUGGAGUGGAUACAUCGUGAGGAGAAAACGUGAAAACAAGUCGAUCACUGACGAAUGCUGUAACACGUCUGGCUGCACUUGGGAAGAGUAUGCAGAAUAUUGUCCGGCUCACAGGAGGGUGCGGAUUUCUCGGUCACGAACUAAGUAGAUUGAAUCUUGGGGAGAGUGAAUACUUACUUGAUGACUGGAAACACUGGAAUGGCAUAUGAAAAAGGUGACCGUUUUAACAUCUCUAGAACAGCAAGUUGAAUUGCCCAAAAAUGAAUCGUAUCGUUUCUCAAUUUUAUUUUUUUUCUACAUUUUAUUAGACUUUGAAUGAAUGUAAAUGGGUUUUUUGAAAUUCUGGUAAAUAUUAUUUUGUAGUUGUACUCAUAAAUAUACGUAGUGAUUGCAAAGUCAUAGUAAAUUGCAUAUAUGUAAACAAUACAUAUGAUCUCCAUAUAAUAUAUACUACAGCUUUGUUCGUGAAUCUCGCACUACUUUAAACUGGAUAAGAUGAGAAAUUCUCGAACCGUAUUUUACUUUCAGCACAAAACAGUCUAUUUAAGCCACAAAUAAUUAUAUUACACUAACGAUAUGUAUGGUGUAUAGGUUAAUUAUACGUAUAGUGCACUAGUUAAUAAUACUUACUGAAUUUACUGGAUCUAGUUUACAUAAAUAUGCUGUAUACUUAUAAAUCUAGGCUGUGAGUAGAAGAAUCAUGCUAAUUUCAGAUAGUUACUUACAUAUAAAACUAAUUAUUUGUUAGGACUGCUAAAAUUUCUGACUCCAUUUCAUGAAAAUGUUUCAUAGUCAAGAUCUCUGUGUUAAAACAUUAUGUAAAUGAUUUGUAUCCAUGAAAUUAUUAUUAUCGUGACCCAGCAUUUGUAUCAUUUAGAAAAUGAUUCUUAUAAAUUUCUAGUUUGCAACGUAUUGAACUCCCGCAGGAUUGUUUAACCCUCAUAAUUUUUAAAUGUAAAUGUAUAUAGGGAUAAAUGCUGCAAAUGUA